AGAUUUGUUUAUAUCUUAAACAUUUUCUAUAUCAUUUACGGUUAAAUUAAUAUAUACAGGCAUAAACCCGUUCUUUGUAGUUGCACUUUUGUAGCUGUAGCUGUACUGUUUCUUGACUAGUGAAACUAACCUAAAUAAAAAGUUCACUUAAUCCCAUUUAAUUACCAUGUUGAAACAAAACUUUAUCAUCAAGCUUAAUACCCAACAUAAAUCUGUCUACAACUCACAUUUAUACAGAGACUGUUCGCACAAUAUCAGCAGAUUUCUAUAUUUGCACUAAAAAAUUGAGCGCAACAGUAAAAAUUACAACGUGAUAGAUAGAUUUUGCUGACUUACCAUUAAUUGCAAAUCACUAAUUUGCAAUGUACAAUAGGAUAAGCGUACGUCUGCAGAAGAUACUCUUGUGCGUAUUCGUAGUGAUCUUCAUCAUCGUUUAUUUAUGUACAAAUCAGCGUGCGAAUGACAAGGAUGUAUCCUUAAAACAGCUUCUCGCCGCCGCGAUAAGAGCGGCGGAAAUUGGCGGAUUUCAAGUGGUGACAGUACAUGAUCAGAUUAAAUUUAAAAUUGAAAGUAAAGGUCAAACGAAGGAAGGAGUGGAUGACCCAGUAACCGCAGCUGAUUACAGAUCCCAUUGUGCAAUGUAUGGUUCUUUAGUCCAGGCAUUUCCAGGAAUUACUGUGAUAUCUGAGGAAGCAUCGCAAGAUUGCGACAAGAUAGUAGUAGAAGACAUUAAGAAAUCUAUUAAAAGUAUUGAUGGUUAUGACAUAAAUGAUGACAUUGUAAACAUUUAUGAUGUUACAAUUUGGAUAGAUCCUCUUGACGCUACUAAAGAAUUCACAGAGAAUUUAUUACAAUAUGUAUCCACUAUGGUGUGUGUAGCUGUGAAAGGACAACCAAUUAUUGGUGUUAUAUAUAAACCAUUUGAGACAAGACAAAAUCAUAGUUUAUAUUGGGCGUGGGCUAAUCAUGGUACAUCAAAAAAUUUGAAAAAUUUGCCCAAAAUGAAGGAUAGUGAAACGCCUAUUCUGAUUGUAUCUCUUUCACAUGCUGGAGAAAUCACAAAUGCAUCUAAAGUUGCAUUCGGCAAUAACGUUGAAAUUAUUUCUGCUGGUGGUGCAGGAUAUAAAUUCUUAGAGGUAGCUGUUGGUAAUACGACAGCAUACGCUCAUGCAACUGCUAUCAAGAAAUGGGAUAUUUGUGCAGGAACAGCAAUUCUUAGAGCUUUAGGGGGAACAGUAGCACAGUUGUAUGAUCGACAAACAAUCCAUUUUGGAGCUGACAGUUCUAAAGUACUUACAAAGGGUCUUUUGGCGACUAUGAGUGAUUCUGUCGAGCAAUUAAUAUCAAGAUAUGCUAAUACACAAUAACAUCACAUAUCUUCCAGUAGAUUUUGUCAUCGUUAACUAUUUAUUAUAAGAAGUGUAUUUCUUGUAGCUGUGUAACUACCGUAUAGAUUUUUUAUACAAUAAAUUAUAAGUUAUACAAUA